GGGUUCACACACCCGCGGGGGGCGCUUCCUUAAAUAGCCGGGAAGCGUCCGCGCGCGGGCCUGGAGCCUGUAGGACCCGGACUCGGGGCGCCGCGCCCGCCGGCACCGGGGCGCAGGGCUCACCAUGCCGGCGGACACGCCGGGGAAGCCGAGAACCUCGCCGCGGACAGUCGCGCUCGCCAGCGCCAGCCGAACCCCCAACCGACUCCGGAGUGCGGCCGCGCACCGGAAGUCCUCCAAGCCGGUCAUGGAGAAGCGGCGCCGAGCGCGAAUCAACGAGAGCCUCGCUCAGCUCAAGACCCUCCUCCUGGACGCGCUCAGGAAAGAGAGCGCCCGCCACUCGAAGCUGGAGAAGGCGGACAUCCUGGAGAUGACCGUGAGGCACCUGCGGAGCCUUCGGCGCGGGCCAGGGGCAGCCGCGCUGGGCGCCGACUCCGCCGUCCUGAGCAAGUACCGCGCCGGCUUCAGCGAGUGCCUGGCCGAGGUGCACCGCUUCCUGGCCGCCUGCGAGGACAUCCCGGCCGACGUGCGCUCCCGCCUGCUCGGCCACCUGGCGGCCUGCCUGGGCCAGCUGGGUCCCCCGAGCCGCUCGGCGCCCCCGGCCCCCGCUACGGAAGGUCCCACGCCAGAGGUCUACGUGGUCCGCCAGCCGCUGCCGGGUUUCGACGGCCCCUUCCCCACGCUGCGCCCUGAAACGGCCUUCGCGCCGCUGCUCCUGCAGGGCCUGACCCGUGCGCCCCCCGCCGCCCCCUCGGCGGGGCUGCAGGGCCGCAGUGCGCCCUGGAGGCCUUGGCUGCGGUGAGGCCGCCCCGAUCCAGAGCCGCGGCCUUUGCUGAGACUGUAACGAGGAAUAUUUAUUUCCAGCGGCUGCAGUGAGA